UCUCCGCUGAUACAGCUCAUGACUCACAGUCACGGUUGACGUUUCUCCAUAAAGUUUCUUUUUCUUGCUGUUUGACUGAUUGAUGUGCAUUUAAUCUUUGAAUAAAACACAAUACUGUUUGACCUUAAACGCAUAUCGAAUCCAAUCCCUCUCAAUUCUCUGAUAUCUGUAGUAUAUAUACUACUGCAUCUGUAAUCUGUUGACGAAUAGUGAGAAGAGAAAUGGCCGAGGCAGUUGUCUCCAGCGCUGUAGAAGCCCUCAUUUCAAACUUGAGUGCUGUCCAGCAGUUUAGAGGGUAUUUGAAUGUGGAAGACGAACUUGGGAGGCUCCAGCAGGCUGUUUCCAGAAUCCAACCUGUACUUUUGGAUGCAGAGGAGAGGUACAAUCAGAGCUAUGAGGUCAAAAUUUGGCUUAGAAAGCUUAAAGAUGCAUUUGAUGAUGCUGAUGAAUUAGUGGAUGAUUUCUUUACUGAGUCUCUGCGGCGAGAACUUCUGAACCUGGGUAGACGCACAAAACAGGUACGUAUCUUCAUCUCCAAGCUUGCAUAUGGUUCAGCAAGGUUGCCUAAGUUUAAGACAGUUAUUGCGAGAAUAGAGAAAAUUGCAUCCGAAGCUGACAGAUUCCAGUUUAAUAACCGGUGUCCUGAGAAGAAGGAGAGAAGAGAGUCUCAAUCUUCUUCUUUGUCACGUGAGGUCGAGAUUAUUGGGAGAGAGGAGGAAAAGAGUGCAAUUGUACAUGAUCUAGUGAAAAUGGAUAAUAACAAUGACAAAGCGAAUGUCUCAGUGAUUUCAAUAGUUGGGGGCGCAGGUGUAGGAAAGACUGCACUUACUCAAUUUGCAUACAAUCAUGAGACUGUAAGAAAACAUUUCCAGCUACGAUUAUGGGUGCGUGUAUCUGAAUCCUUUGUCUUGAAAACGAUUGUUGAAGAGAUUGUGGAAUCAGCAAGCGGGGAGAGACCGGAGAAUCUCGGGUUGAAUUCAUUGUUGGUACGCCUUCGGGUAAUGAUUGAUGGGAAGCGGUUUUUACUUGUACUGGAUGGUGUAUGGAAUGAAGAUAGUGAAAAAUGGUUCAGCUUGAAAAAACUGUUAAUUUGUGGCGCGAGGGGAAGUAAAAUUGUGACUACUACACGUAGUAAAUUGGUUGCAGACAUUAUGCACACAGUUCCAAUAUUUUUUUUAGAACCUCUGUCAUUCGACGAUUCACUUGCUUUAUUUAAGAAGAUGGCAUUCGGGGAAGAAGAAGAGCGAACAAAUCAAGCUCUUGAAUCCAUCGGGGAGGAGAUUGUACAGAAGUAUGCUGGCGUUCCUCUUGCCAUAAGGACCAUAGGGAGUCUGUUAUACUUCAAAAAUUUAGAAGGUGAUUGGUUGGAGUUCCUGCAGGAUGAGCUUCCAAAAAUUUUACAACAAGAAAUUGAUAUUUCUGCAGUACUUAAGUUGAGUUAUGAUCAUCUCCCAUCACAUUUGAAACAAUGUUUUGCUUACUGUAGAUUAUUUCCUAAUGAUUAUGAAAUUGAUGUACAGAAACUGAUUAAACUUUGGAUGGGGCAAGGGUUUCUCAUUUCAUCAAACAAAGAUCAAUGUCUAGAAGAUGUUGGUUAUGAGUACUUUAUGGAUCUAUUCCAGAGGUCCUUUUUCCAAGAGGUAGAAACAGAUGAAUGGGGCAUUAUAAGAAGUUGCAAAAUGCCAAAAAUCUUGCAUGAUCAUGCAAUUUUAGUGGCAGGGGUUGUGAGCUGUGCGUCAAAUUUAAAUGGGGACAAUAUAAAUGAUAGAGUCCGUCAUGUGUCAUUCGAUUUUAAUUUGGUAUCAUCACAGCAAUUUGUGAGACCCUUGCUUAAAGCCAAGAGAAUACAGACAUUUCUAUUGCCUAGUCAGUCAUGGCUUCCAAACGAUGAAAAGUUCAGCAAGUCCACUUGUAGAAAAGUUCGAUCAUGGCUUAAAGCAAUUUUUUCACGAUUCAAGUGUUUACGUGUGUUGGAUUUACAUGAUUUAGGGAUCAAGGUGGUUCCAAGUAGCCUCUGUAAGUUGAAGCGUUUAAGAUAUCUCGAUCUCUCUAAGAAUGGAAUCAAAAAGCUUCCAAGUUCCAUAACCAGCCUGCUGAAUUUGCAAACAUUGAAACUUUCGAAUUGUAAUGUGCUUGAAGAAUUGCCAAAGGACAUUAUAAAUUUAGUCAGGCUUCGGCAUCUUGAGAUUGAUGGCUGUGAUAAAUUGGCUCAAAUGCCAUGUGGACUGGGAAAAUUGACUUCUCUUCAGACAUUAUCCUUAUUUGUAUUAAGGAAUCAGUCUUUCUGCAGGCAGAGUGGCAAGCUAAAUGAACUGAAGAGGCUAAACAACUUGAGCAGAGGGCUUGAGAUUUUACAUCUAGAACAUUUGUCAGAUGCUUCAACAGAAACUAAGAAUGCAAAUCUGAAGGAGAAACAACGUCUUCGAGCCUUGACUCUAAGAUGGUUUCGACAAGAUGAUGCUGAUGUUGAUGUGGAGAGUGACGAGAAGUCAUUGGAAGGCCUCCAGCCACACCGAAAUCUGAAAACGUUGUGGGUGAUAGGCUACGGGGGUAUGAAGUUUCCAAGUUGGCUUUCUUCUCUCAUAUAUCUUGUUAAAUUUACUCUCUGCAAUUGUCUCAAGUUCCAACAUCUACCGCCAUUAGAUCAACUCCUUUUUCUCAAGAGUCUUAAACUUCAAAGGUUGCAUGCUCUGGAGUACAUAACAGACAGCGGCGGAAAAGACAAGUUCUCUUCUUCAGCAAUAUCAAUAACAUUCUUCCCAUCCUUGAAGGAACUUGUACUCUGGGAUUGUCCCAAUCUGAAGGGAUGGUGGAGGGAUGUUCCAGUUGGUGAUGAUAAGAGUGCCGUUGGAACAACACAAGCAUCAAUGACAGAUCAGCAACAACAGUCUCCGUUGCUGCCUUCAUUUCCCUGUCUUUCAAAAUUAGAAAUUCAGUAUUGCCCAAUGCUGAAUUCCAUUCCCUUCUAUCCACAUCUUGAUGAACAGCUGGUCCUGAAUAAUGCCAAGCUGACACUUUUGCAACAGACAAUGUGGUAUAUGGCAGCAUCGCAAGGCCCAACAACUGCAGCUAUGUCAGUUCGUUCUUCUACUCUGCCCUCUUCCUCCUUGGGUCCUCUUUCCAAAUUAAAUUCUUUGACUUUAACUGGCAUUAAGGAGCUAGAGUGUUUGGAAGAUGAAUGGCUGCAAAACUUCACUUCUCUUGAGAGUCUCAUUAUUUCAGGGUGCCCAAGACUAAUGUUCUUAUCAAAUGGUAUUCAGCAUCUCACCUCCCUUAAGUGUAUGGACAUUAGGGACUGCGAGGAGCUUGAUCUUUCCAGCAAUGAAGGUGAUGGCGAGCAAUGGAAAGGACUGAGGAACCUCUGUUCCCUCACUAUUUGGGGAAUCCCAAAGUUGAAGUCUCUCCCGAAUGGGAUGCAAUAUGUUUUGCCUCUUGAAAAGCUCCGGAUCCUAAAUUGUCCAAAUUUAAUAUCUCUUGAAGACUGGAUCAGCAGUUUCACAUCUCUUAAUAGGCUUGUUAUUUCUAAAUGCCGCAAAUUGGCUUUGCUGCCUCAUGGAAUGAGUAACCUUAAGUCUUUACGUAGACUGGUGAUUGAUGAUUGUCCCAUGUUAUUGCGAAGAUGCCAAGGGGAAACUGGUGAGGAUUUGCACAAGAUUAAACACAUCCCAGAAAUUUCCGAAAGGCUGACUUCUCGGGACUUUGAUUAAUCUCUUGUUUCAUACUUCAUUCAGCAUGUUUAGAACCAAAUGCUGCAGAUAGAGAGUUGGGAUUCAUGAGACCUCUUUGGGACUACAGAUGGAAUAAGAAUAGCUUGUACAAAAUGGAACAUGGUGGAGGAUGAGGGUGAAGAUAGAUUGAAGGUUGUACAUUUAGGCAAUUGUGCUGAGGUGUUAAAAUCCCCAUAUUGAAGUUGAUGAGAACAUAGAUAUAAAUGUAGCACGUUGAGGAUGCUACUCUUUACCAUGAUGCUGCAUCUAUAUAAAGUUUCCAAUUUAUUGGGGCAUUUCAUGUGUUGCUGGACUUGGGAGUUCAUGUUGUUUGUAGUUUGGAGAGCAUGUGUUUUGUUGACACAGUGGUAGCUUGGAACUAAAAAUUUGAUGCUGGAAGGAAAAUAGUGGUCAUCAACUGGGCAUAUGUUUAUUAAGCAAGAUUUGUAGCUAACUACUACCUGAUAUCUCAUCCCUCUACCACUUGACCAAGGGCCCAAUUGCUACAUCUUUCCUACUGUUUUUAUUAUUAUUGUUAUUUUUAGUGUUGUUACUUUUUUUUUUCCCCUUUGGAUAACUUAGUCAAUUGUAAGUAUUACAUUACUAUAUUUCAAUAUAUAAGAGAAUAUAUUGUUGUCA